AUGAUUUGUGAUAUUCCUGGAAGCAUCUGUGUAGUGUUUGCCAUUUUUCUUAUUGAUUCAUCAGCAUCUGUGGAGAAGGGUACUCGAUUUGUAGAGGAGGGCGUGAAAGAACUCUUAAAGGCGCGAAGAGUCUUAUGUGGGUCUUAUGUUUAUGGAUAUUACCUAGAAGAUAAUGGCUAUAACAAGACCAUCUUUGAGUACAUGCAGAAUGAAUUAGAGGAAGUGACAGAGAAGCUCUCAGAAAUGGUGGCACGACAGUACCUUGUUACUCCUCGAGGGCAGAUUAUUGCCACAACUUUGUUGACACGCAGAAGAAGACAUAAAUUUGUACGAGCUGUGAGUAGAGGUCUCUUACCUCCUGAAACACCUCCAUCACUUCGUAGAUCUCGGAAACGACGUUUGCCAGGCCUUAUGGGAAUGGAUCCUGUUGAUGAUGAAUUAGAGGCUGGUCAUGAUGAUGGUGACAAGGAAGGGAGUGAAUCAGAUAUUGUGCUGAUGCUGCUCCUGGGCCUUCAAGCAUAAUUUAAUUUUGACUGCUACUAGCAAGACUUCCUCUGCACUGGCUUGUGAAUGUUGGCAAAUGGAGAAUGUGGAAGUAAUGGGUCGCGUUUUAGACCCCUCUCAGCCUUGGGUAAAGGAUUCAAGAGGGCGCCAUACAAACUUAGCUGCUUUAUUAGACUGGCCAGAUCUUGAUUCAGAUGAGGAGGUAAGUAGUUUGUACACAGCGAAAACUGGA